AGGAAAUCAAUGAAUAGUUAAUUUCCAUCCGACAGGAGAAUUUGUUUCUUUCUUCAACUCUCUGAGAAAAAUGUGUUUAUUGGUUACCGAUUCUGUUUCGAAAUUCAUGAAGAGGAGGUGCCGCGGCUAUUUUUCUCUCGUUAGUGUUCUAAAUUUAUCAAAUCAUAUCCGUGCCUCAAAAGUCGAUAGCUGAACUGCGAGUUCGCCGAGUGUAGGGCAAAUAAAAAUGGCGGAUGACAACGAGGACCAGUGGUUGUACGGCGAUUCGGUUGAAGGGAAAGAGUUCACACCGCCAAAUAUUCAAUCGGAAAGCCAUCAGAAUGACUCUGCAUCCGCCAAGCUCCAGGAGAAAUCUCAAGUUCCGGAGGAUCAGAAGGGGGAAGGUGUCAACGAAGCUUCCUCCGAGAUGCAGGAGGACACAAACUCCCAUGGAGGUGGGGAAGACUCUUCGUUGAACAACACGCAGGAGGAGAACGCGGAUGUAAAUAAGAAUGGGACGAGGGAAAUGUCUAACCAGGAGGACGGCGAGGCACCCAGUGACUCUGAUUCCGACGAUGAUGUUCACGUUGUGAUCGGUGAUAUCAAGUCGACUCCAGCAUACGGUAGCUUGAAUAUCAAAAGAGGUGGACUGUUGACCAACGCGUCCGGUGUGCCGGAUAAACUGAACAAGCAGCCGGGGAAGUUCAGCAUAGAGGAGUUCGAGACGAUCGGUAUCAUCAAUGGGAUACCGGCUCAUGAAUUCAACUUGGAUCAGUUGGAGGAUAAACCAUGGCGUCAGCCUGGCGCGGAUAUCACUGAUUACUUCAACUAUGGCUUCAACGAGGAGACCUGGCGCGCUUACUGCGAGCGGCAGAAGCGGAUGCGGAAUGAGUCCGGUGUGGGAUUAAUCCUGAACACUGGCAGUGGUGGCAGUAAUCCGGGUAGCAUGAGAAUGCCCCAGGUUGCGAUUACCAACGACAACAGCAAAUAUUCGGGAAUUAUGGGUCCCAAGAGAGCGGGGCCGCCGCCGGGUCGGAAAAUGGCAGGCACUAUUGACGUUAUCGGCAGUUCCGGCCUAGCCUCGAGGAGGAACCUGGACAAGUCGCCUCCGAAGGGCAAUGUCAUACAGGUGAUGACCGCGGAUAGGAGGGAGUACUCGAGGAAACCCGGUUUCCCGGACAUGAGCGUACCGCCACCCGGUGCGGGCAUGCCUCCACCGUUUGACAUGCCGCCGCCGGGCUACGCUGGUGAACCAGCAUCUUUCUACAUGCCGGACGCCGAUCCGUACUACCAGAGCUACGAACCGACGCAGGACAGCCAGUGGGGCAACGACCCGACGUGGCAACCGACGAACCUGGCCAUCCCGAUGACCGAGAACGAUGAUGACAAAGACAUGGGGCCCAAGACGAUACCCACCAUGGUGCCACCGACCUCUAUUCCGCCUCUGAUACAGGCGCGCGAUCAGAGGGACGGCAGGGACCGCGAACGAGACAGGGAUAGAGAUAGGGACCGGGAGAUGGAAUCCAUGGGCAGAGACAGGGAGAGGGACAAGGACAGGGAGCGCGAACGCGAGAGGGAGAAGGAUCCGUUGAUGAGGGACCGCGACAGAGAGAGGGACUCGAUGACGAGAGAGGAGGAUCGGGAUCGCGACAGGUCGAGGUCCCAGUAUCGACACAAGGAUCGACAUCGACAUCGGUCGAGGUCUCGAUCUCGCAGACACAAAUCGAGAUCGCGAAGUCCGAGCCGGCGCAAGAAGAAAUCCAGACGCUCGGACAGAGAACGUUCCAAGGAAGAGAGUGAAUAAAUUGUAACGAUCGAAUGCAUACAUACACGCGUACAUGUCAUUGCACGUAAUUAAUUGAGCGACCGCCGAUCGUAGUCGCAACUCGACUAUGAAAAAGCUAAGGUGGAGAAUCACUUUUCACAACAACAUGCCUCGAUUGUUAAUCUACGAGAUGUAAUACACGCGGAAAAAGUACACGCGCACGAUAGUAUGCAUUAAUUUAACGAAAGUAACACACAUUGAUGCGCGGAAUCGAAUUGUCCGAUGCUCGUCUACGUUUUAAAUAAUGUAACUCGCGAUAGGGGAGAAUCGAGGCGGAUUUCUAUUUAUGAAUUUACCGUAAACAAACCGUGCACUCCGCGAUAAUCAUCACGUACGUCUGUAAUAGCGUUUAAGAAACAUAUUAUUCGCUUCUCACACGUUCAAUAGCAACGAUUCGACCGCUUUGAUUCCGCGGCAAAAGUAAAGAAAGAGAUCGAACGGAACUGUUGGAUACUGUCAGAGCGAGUCAAUCAAAGGUCAAGAGCAGAGAAGACGGAAUUAUUUGUGUUGUGCAUGUAAAUCUCAUCUUGAAUAUUCCUUGUAAUUCUUGUUUGUAAGUUUUCACAAAUCCGGAGAGGACAAAAAAAAAGAAGGGAAAGAUGCUGCGAUAAUAAAGUAAUAUUUUCCAGAGAGA